CACCACAACCACCACCACCACCAGCCGUUGCCAGCCUUUGCAACAACCAUCACAACAGCCAACGGAACCCGCACCGUGACACCACACGCCCCCCAACCGUUCUAUUUGACACAUCGACGUUCCUGCGUCCCUCGAUACUUUCCCCUUCCCGGUGCACACUUGUGUUGCACACCAUCUCUUUGAGUCUCCAAAACAUUCGGUGACUACCACACCAUCAUGGGCGGCGACCACAAGUGUCCGCUCUGUUCGGCCACCUUCACAAGGCCCCAGCACGUCGGCCGGCAUCUUCGCGCACAUACAGGCGACCGCCCGUACGAGUGCAAGGAAUGUCCUCUGCGAUUUGCUCGUAGUGACUUGCUCUCAAGGCAUGUCAACAAAGCCCACCCAAAGCCCAACGGCGUUUCCGACAACAGCAAGAAUGACAAGAAGGCUCGCCGCCGCUCUUCAGUGUCGACGACAGCCUCCAACUCUUCGUCAGCUUCAGUACCGCCGGCGCCGCCGCCAGUUGCCACCCGAAUCAAUGGGGCGCCCGCAGCCACCCUAUUGCCCAUCUCGGCUACCCACGCGCCAGUUGCACCUGACCCGACGCUUUUCCAGGCUCAGCGCAUGUACCCAAACCACCCUCUGCUCCAGACCAACAAUGUUCCGGUGUGGUCGUCGGGCCACCUCGACCUCGGUGGUUCCACCGGCCUCAACUUGGCCGACAGUUACGGGUUGCCACUCGACCUUGGCGCCCUCAGUUCCCAAGCCUUCUCUCAGUCUUACGGAUCCGCCCCCAUGCGUCUCUCUGGUUCUGACCAAGGCAUCGUCCCCUCCGCCUAUGCAUCUACCGGCGCCACUGGUGGUCUUGCUUCGCGCGGCUUCGAGCUCAGCAUGAAGAAGCGUGCAUGUGACCAGUGCAACCACUCGAAAGUUCGCUGCGACUUUGCAGAGCCUUGUGCGAGAUGUUCGACCAGGUCCAUUCAGUGCACCUACACCAAGCCUCAGCGCUCGCGUACCUUGGGCUACCCCUCAACGAUUAACACGGCUAGCUCGACCGCCUCACAGUCGCCAUCGUCGUCUAUUUUCUCGUCGCCGGCUUCGACCACGAGCCCUACUCUGGGCCGGUCUGAUUCGCCAACUAACAUGUUUGACCUUCGUCGCAACUCUAUCCCAAUGGCGAUGAGCGCCCAGUCCUUCUUGACCUCGGAUGCCCUGUUCGCGGCGAACCUGAGCCGUGCUGCCAAUCGACCCCCUGUCCCCGAUACUGACUGGGACGGGAUUACUCGUGCCAGAGGUCAGGGCAUCACGGCUUCAAACCUGGCAGCUUCUCAGAACCCCUACCUAACAUCGCCCUCCAACACUGCUGGACCUGGCCUUGCAGCAACACCGGCUUUGACCAACUCGACGAGCCCCGCCGCCUCGGAUUUUACCGACAUCACCAGCAGUGCCAGUGCUAGUGUCCCUACUCAAUGGGCCCUUCCCCACAGCUCCGAGUCCGCGUGGGCGUUCCACCCUGGUAUCCCUUCCAGGUCCUCUUCUAGCGAGCAUCCCUCGCUUUCGAGCUCUCUCCAGACCAACGGCAUGUGGGCGGUUGACACCAGUGGCGAUAACUCGUCGACCCUGGGUUCGGCCCUCUCCGAGGACGAGGACACGCCGACCUCGGAUGGUGCCAAGGAGGACAUCCACGAUCACGACCGUCGCCGUCGCUCCAGUGCCAGCGUCUGGGCGUCUGCCUUCAAUGACAUGUCGAUUGAGGACCGGGCCAACUUCACGUUUGACCAGUCCGUGGACAUGAACGUCGGUUUCCAACCCCAGCGCCACAUGUCGUUGCCCGAGGGAAACGAUGGCCAAUUCGCCCAGUACGGCCUACCCACCGUCGACCUGAACCUGUGGAAGCUGUUCCUGGAGCCGGUUGCACUUGCCACGCCUGAGCAGCGAGCUCACGACCUCGACCCAAUCACCAACCAGGACACGCCUCGUGGCAUCAGCAAAUCUAACUCGAUGCCGGACCUCACGACGCCCACGACAGCCACGGCCUCGCUCUCGUCCUUCCCAGUUCACCACGGACCAGGUGGGACUACCAACACUGCAAACAUGAAGACGCCGACAGUCCAUGGCACUCAUGUGCCCAGUGAAGCGUCAAUGAGCAAGUGGAAGGCGCAAAUCCAGGAGCGCCAUGCGGCUUUCAACAUGCGCCUUGACCCUGGCAAGACUGAGAAGCUACCCAAUCCGACUUUCGCCACAGGGGCCCAGAGGCAGAUGAGACCACAGCUCCACCCCCUCAUGGGUUCGACUGCACUCCAGCAAACUCUGGCUCCGGAGCGUACGCUCAGCUUUGGGCCUCCAGCCUUUGACCCCUUUGGCGUUCUCAUGACGCCAGGUGUCGUCUUGGUCAAGACGCCAACCAAGCUCCUCAGUCAGGAGAGUCGCCCAGGCAACAAGCGCCAGGCGAGCCAGACUCUUGUUCCUGAUGCUGCCGGUAAGCGCUCUGUCUUCACGGUCUGGCGAGACGACGACGGCGCGACUGAGGAGAAGAGCAGCCUCUCUGCUGGCAGCUCGGCCCAACAGCCGCCCGUCAUCCAGCCAGCCAGCACUAAGCAGGCCGCUUAAUCCCCUGCUUUUUUUUCUUGUCUUUUACAAAAAAAGAAUCACCCCCUCGCCGCGUUGCGUAUACCUCGACCCUUGUGAAUACCCGCCACCUCUUGGGACGCGCUGGCGCAACCCAAAGUUGGUCUCAGCCGCGGCUGAAGCCUCCAUUCUCCGACCGGAAUUGAUCUUGCCUGGACAAUAAUUUUUAGCAUUGCGUUGGACGCCGCAAUGCGCGACCGACAAGUCGACACUUGCCAACUCCUAGUCUCGCUUCGUCCAGACCACGCCCCCACCCCCUGUACCAAAUACUCGACCGCAACAUCCCAACUAGACAGCUACGACGGCGACCCUGUAGCGCUUGUAGAAUCUCGACCUCGACCCGUGGCGUGUACCCCACUACCGCAGUGGCGGCAAUGCCCAAUCUGUAAUGCUCUAUCGCGUAGCGUGAUCCGUAGCCAGUAUCUCUUGCUCACAAGCCAAUGACAUGUAUCUUGUUGUCCAUG